AAAACAGAGGUAGAAAAGCUGGUCAAGGAAUUUGGAUCGUACACAACGCUACAUGGCUUGCACUUCCUCUUCGAAUCCUCUUCCGUAGUUCGUCGUAUUUUGUGGGUAAUGUUAAUGGGGGCGUGCAUGGUAAUUUUAGCUUUUCAAGUCAGGCACAGCUACAUUAAACUCCGAAGAUAUGACAGCCUCAUAACGAAAGACAUUGAGCGUUCAAACAGUUUGCUCUUCCCAGCGGUUACUAUUUGCAAUCAAAACAUGUUUCUGAAGAGCAAAAUACUUGGCACAGACGUACAGAUAUACCUGGAUGAGAUUGACGACCUAAAAGCGGGGUACAAGGCGUUGAUCAUGACCCCCUUAAAAAAUGCAUCGCGUGGGAUAAGUUCUUCAUUUAAUAUUCUUAAAGUUGCGGAAGAAGCAGGACAUAAUCUGACGGUCAUGAUGAUGCUUUGCACGUGGAGAGGACGCAAAUGUGGACCGGAAAAUUUUACUUCCUUUGUGUCCGAAAGAGUAAGUAUCAGUUGUUUCUAACUUUUCAUCAACUGAUGCAUUUUCCUCAUUUUUUUACCUCUUCACUCCCAAAAUCAGCAUUUUUUGAAUCCUUGAUUAAUUUUGAAUUUUUUCACUGCUAGGAGUGUAAAGCUAAGUGCAAACUGCCAACAAUUUUGGGAGUUGUUACGUCCGUGGCGUGCAAACGAAUACAACAACACCCAACAAUGUUGAAACCUGUAGUGCAUCAUGGGAGGGAUACAACCCAUAAGACUUUGGGGACUAGGUGUAAUGCGCGUGCGUGGUCCCAACAAUGCUGGAAGAGCUGUGCAAACGGAUCCAACAUUGUUGCGCUACGCUUCGGUGAUUACGGAACAAAAGAAUGCUGUGAUUUGUUUGCUCAAAAAUUUAACGAGUUUCAAACUUUGCACAAAAACUCCCAACAACACCCAAAAACAUGCAGCGGGGUGUUGGGAGUUGUUGGCCAACAAUGCUGGGUCCGUUUUCACGGAGCAAGGGUCAGGAACAUAGCUGAACCUAUUGUUUAUUUUUUUACUGUCUAUUUUGAGGGUUAGACAGUCACUUAAGCAUGUAUUGCUUUACGCUUCUCUCUUCUCCCAGUUUUGUUUGAUUAUACAAACUGAGCUCAGUGCUGGAUCCAUACCUUGACAUAAGGGGAGGCCCGGUUAUCCAUACCCACUAUACUCUGAGAUAAGGAAGAGGGGGCGGUCUACAAAAUUUUUUAUGGCCCUUCGGGCCUCAGUUUUGUCUAAAACUAAGGGGGGCCCAGUUCCUCUCCUGAAUCCACCGCUGGAGCAUGAGGUUCAUAGUUUUAUGAAUAUUUACAUCUUUUGUUAAUAAUUUUUCUCAAAGUCAGACAGAGUUCAGAGGCCUGUAUAGAAGCUUCCUUGCACUAAAUGCCUUCCCAAAUUCCCCCUUCCCAGAAAAUUGUCUUCGUUCGACCGGAAAAUCAGUUGCUUAGCCUGUGCUUCGUACAUGAUCUCUAAAUAAACUGAACCUGGCACUGAAACUUCGAAAAGGAACUUAUGGAUUCUGACUUUUUUUUCUCUUUUCACAGAGAGGUAUGUGUUACACUUUCAACUCGGGAGAACCAGGCCAUCCAUUAUUAAACGCUACUGCAUCGGGAAUAAGUCAGGCUUUGAGUCUAAUACUAGAUGUGCAACCCGAAGAAUAUUAUGGCCCCUUUAGCUACGAAGCAACUGGCAUCAAGCUUGUACUUCACGAGCAACAUGAGUGGCCGCAGGUAGAAAACUUGGGAAUUGACAUCUCACCGGGCUACAACACAAAUAUCAGGAUAAAACAAAAUAAG